CUUCCUGGAGGAGAGGGAGGGAUGAGCGGGGGUCUCCGAGUGUGGCAGGCCAGUGGUGGGGCCGGUGGGAGAGAGGACAUGGAGAAGGAGCGGGAGACUCUGCAGGCCUGGAAGGAGCGUGUGGGGCAGGAGCUGGACCGUGUGAUGGCUUUCUGGAUGGAGCACUCCCACGACCAGGAGCAUGGGGGCUUCUUCACGUGCCUUGGCCGAGAUGGGCGGGUGUAUGACGACCUCAAGUAUGUCUGGCUGCAGGGGAGGCAGGUGUGGAUGUAUUGUCACCUGUACCGCAAGUUCGAGCGUUUCCGCCGCCCUGAACUUCUAGAGUCAGCUAAAGCAGGUGGCGAAUUUUUGCUCCGUUCUGCCCGAGUGGCGCCUCCUGGGAAAAAGUGUGCCUUUGUGCUGACGCGGGAUGGCCGCCCUGUCAAGGUGCAGCGAACCAUCUUUAGUGAAUGUUUCUACACUAUGGCCAUGAACGAGCUGUGGAGAGUGACAGGGGAAGCGCAUUACCAGAUCGAAGCGGUGGAAAUGAUGGAUCAGAUCGUACACUGGGUGCGUGAGGACCCGUCGGGGCUGGGCCGACCCCAGCUCCCGGGGGCCCCGGCCUCAGAGCCCAUGGCAGUGCCCAUGAUGCUGCUCAACCUGGUGGAGCAGCUCGGGGAGUCGGAUGAGGAGCUGGCGGGCAAAUACGCGGAGCUGGGGGACUGGUGCGCCCAGAGGAUUCUGCAGCACGUCCAGAGGGAUGGGCAGGCGGUGCUGGAGAAUGUGUCAGAGGAUGGUGAGGAACUUCCUGGUUGCCUGGGGAGACACCAGAACCCAGGUCAUGCGCUGGAAGCCGGAUGGUUCCUGCUGCGACACGCCAUCCAGAAAGGUGACCCUGAACUUCGAGCCUACGUGGUUGACAAGUUUCUAUUGUUGCCUUUCCGCUCUGGAUGGGAUCCGGAUCAUGGAGGUCUCUUCUAUUUCCAGGAUGCUGAUGGCCUCUGCCCCACCCAGCUGGAGUGGGCCAUGAAGCUGUGGUGGCCACACAGCGAAGCCAUGAUUGCCUUCCUCAUGGGCUACAGUGACAGCGGGGACCCUGCCUUGCUGCAUCUCUUCUACCAGGUGGCUGAGUACACCUUCCGCCAGUUUCGCGAUCCUGAGUACGGGGAAUGGUUUGGCUACCUAAACCGUGAGGGGAGGGUCGUCCUCACCAUCAAGGGGGGUCCCUUCAAAGGCUGCUUCCACGUGCCGCGGUGUCUCGCCAUGUGCGAGGAGAUGCUUGGCGCCCUACUGAGCCGCCUACCCCCGGUCCCGGCCCCCAGCGCUGGGUCCCUGCCAGCCGCCCCCGCCCACCGUGGCGCGGAAUAAAACUGAGCUUGCAACACAGUCCGUGUGCACGCGUCUGUGGGGUCUCGGGAGGGCACCUGCUCGCCGGGACAGUGACCCGCCCCGCGCGCGGGACCGUCUCGGCGCGCCGACAGUCCCGCCCGGGUCCCCGACAGCCUGACACCCCGCCCGCCGACAGUCCCGCCCCAACCCCGCCCGUCCCGCGCAUUGGCCAAGCGGCCGCGAGGGCGGGUCCGGCGGCUCGCACUUCCGGCCGGUGGCCGGUCCCGGGGCGCGCCGCCCCUUCCGCCGCCUCCCCCGCUAGCCUGGCCCCAGCCCCAGCCCCGGCCCGGCCGCCCCGGCGUCACUUCGGAGCGUGGCGGCAGCUGACUGCGCGUUCACGAGCCGCUGGGAGCCGGGAGUCCCGCCGCCGU